CAACCAGUGGACAUUGUUAGCUGUUCCAUUGCAUUAAUCAUCGUGGAGGAGUAGAGUUAUCUGGUCGGUCAUGAGCGGGGUUCGUGUAGGGUCUAGAGGCCUAUUUAAUGCCCGUUGUUGUCGUCGCUCUGCAUCUUCUUUUGUAUCAUCCCCAUCAUCAUCCAUUUACUUGCAUUCGUUCUUCGGUUCACGGAGUCCUUCUGUUCAGAGUCGAGUGCAUUUAUUAUCCUCUUCUACUUCUUCUUUGUAUAGUACAGCUACAGCCGCCACAAUGAGCCGCCCCGACAUUACCCUGUACACUGCGCAGACUCCCAAUGGGAUUAAGAUUUCCAUUGCGCUGGAGGAGCUUGGUCUGCCCUACAAAGUCGAGAAGAUUGACAUCACCAAGAACACCCAGAAAGAGCCAUGGUUCCUCGAAAUCAACCCCAACGGCCGCAUCCCCGCCUUAACCGACACCUUCACGGACGGGUCCAAGAUCCGGCUUUUCGAAUCCGGCAGCAUCCUCACCUACCUGGCGGAACAAUACGACAAAGACCACAAGAUCUCCUACCCCCAGGGAACCCGCGAAUACUACGAACAGAACAGCUGGCUCUACUUCCAGAACGCCGGUGUCGGGCCCAUGCAAGGCCAAGCGAACCACUUCCACCGGUACGCGCCCGAGCGCAUCGAGUACGGCGUGAACCGCUACAUCAACGAGACAAGACGUCUGUACAGUGUGCUGGAUGCGCACCUCGCCAAGUCGAAGUCUGGGUAUCUUGUUGGUGAUCACGUCAGUAUUGCGGAUAUUUCGCAUUGGGGAUGGGUUGCGGCGGCCGGGUGGGCGGGAAUUGAUAUUGAGGAGUUCCCGAAUCUGAAGGCGUGGGAGGAACGCAUGGCUGCUAGGGAGGGCGUUGAGAAGGGUAGGCAUGUGCCGAGUCCGCAUACUAUUAAGGAGCUCUUGAAGGAUAAGGCCAAGGCGGAGAAGAUUGCGGAGGAGUCGAAGGGGUGGAUUCAGCAGGGGAUGAAGGCGGAUGCUAAGCAUUAGUUUGUUAGUAUUAUUUAGUUAGUAAUGAUGGAUAUGAUUGCUUGAUUUUGCAUUGAUGGGGUUGUGAGAUAGUAUUGAUGGUGAAGUAAUCAGACAGUUGUGCUUUAGUUACUGAAAGCUGCAUACAUCUUUAGCUGGA